AGGCGUCUCUGACACUUCACUGUCUGUUUCUGAUCGCUCUGACAGCAAGAGACUGCUGUGGGAGUUGGAGUCACAUGUGGGCCAGACCAGGAUGCAGUUCGCCAAAAGGAUUUUCUGCUCCCUGCUCCUCCUGGGACUUCUCAUUAUUGUAUUGUAUUGCAUCUUUCGCCACCCUGUGAAUACUGUGGAUAUUAAGUACAAAGGGCAGAGUAGUCCAUACAACUCACCUGGAUAUGAAUUAUGGUCAUCGGGAGAGCAAUAUGCUCAUAUAUCUUACAAAAAGAAAGAGAGUAUUGCCAGUCAGCUGACAAGAGAUGAUUGCAACUGUGAAGAAGAGAAGACUUUCUUCGGCAACCUCAUCAGUCGAGACUCCGUCACCGACUUGGAGCUGGUCUUUGACGCGGCAGAGCGCCAAGAGGUCAAACAAAGGCGGGAAAGGGAGUACCACCAUUUUCGAGAAAGGACCAGGUCUUCCGCAGAUGCGUUGCUGUUUGCCAAAGCAAAUUCUCCCUUGGAAUACCCCAUUCAAGGUGUUGAAGUGAGGCCUAUGAAAACCAUCUUAAUACCAGGUUUAAAGCUGCAAGCUGCACCACAGCAUCACUUCAAGGUCAACCUGACGGCGACACUGGGCACCUUUGACGUGGCGGCGGAGGUGGACGAGGUGACGAUCCAAGGCGACGGGCAGGUGCACAUGUCCCUGUCGAGCUCUCGCCUCGACAACCUCAACCGGCAACUGCAGUUCGUCACCUACAGCAACACCAUCUUCAACCCCAACACGGCCGACACAGUGUUGUUUGAGACCGAUGGACAUCAGGCUGCAUUCACCAUCAAGAUUCGACAUCCCAUCAUUCCAAAGCUCUAUAAUGUUGAAAGCCAGUCAGGCUAUAACAUCAGUGGCUUGGUGACUAUAGCAACCAAAACAUUUCUGAGGUAUGACAAGCUGAGGGAGCUGAUCUCGAGCAUUAGGAAGUAUUACCCCAAUGUCACCAUCGUUAUCGCGGAUGACAGCGACAAGCCACAAAAGAUUGAAGGAGACUUUAUUGAGCAGUACUUCAUGCCAUUUAAGAAGGGCUGGUUUGCUGGGCGGAACUUGGCAGUCUCCCAGGUCAGAACAAAGUAUCUGCUCUGGGUCGACGAUGACUUCAUCUUCGCUGCAGACACCAAGCUGGAGAAAAUGGUGGACAUUCUUGAGAAAACGACACUGGAUAUAGUCGGAGGCUCAGUGCGAGAGGUGACAACAUACUCAGCCACGUUUCUCCACAAACUCAGUGUGCAAGCUGGCGGGAAGGAGGGAGACUGCCUUAGAAUUCGCCCAGGAUACUACCACGCUGUGGAAGGCUUCCCUAACUGUGUCGUCACAGAUGCUGUCAUCAACUUCUUCCUCGCCCGAACGGAAAAGUUGCAGCAAGUUGGAUUUGAUCCACAUUUAACAAGACAGGGACAUUUAGAAUUCUUUGUGGACGGUUUGGGACAACUCCAUGUUGGCUCCUGCAGUGAUGUCAUGAUUGAUCACGCCUCAAAAAUCACCAUGCCUUGGACAAAGAAAACUCAAAACGAGAUACUUUACCAAAAAUUGCGUUACAUCCAGGCUUCGGAGACAGACAGCAACUUACAGAAUAAACUUUUUUAUUUCAAAAACCGACUUAAAUGCAUCAGGAGCAGCUGAGGGGCUGCUGUUUAGACCACUUUUAAAUGCAAAUAACUUGAGUGAUCAGGUCUGCAACAAUUGGUUUACCUCAGUUCUACUUAAGACCUGCACCUCAGAUUCUGAAAUCAGUCUUUCUUCAAAAAUCCUGGAACUCCUCGACUUUGCUUGAGAUCUCCAACAAACUGUUGCUUCAAGAUGGAUCUUGUCUUCCCUCCUGCUGUUUCCAAACUGGACCACGUCCUGCAACUUUAGGCCCUUGAUUUUGACUUCUCAGCUUAAAUCAACCGUAGUUGUCUGUUUAAAAGAAACAGAGAUUGCUGGAAAAGCUUAUCAGGUCUGGCAGUAUCUGUGCAGAGAAAUCCGAGUUUACGCUUCACGCUUAGCUCUGAUUUCUCUCUGCAGAUGCUGCCAGACCUGCCGAGCUUUUCCAGCGAUUUCUAUUUCGGAUUUCCAGCAACCGCAGUUCUUUUGGUUUAUGUUUAUGUGAUUAUCUGUUGCACUGCGAUUGCAAUCAUGCUGUAUUCCUUUCUAGGUCUGUAAUGAGGUGCGUUUUUAAAUUAUGAAUAGUAAAUUGAAAGAAAUUCCAGCAACACGUGGAAACAAGCAUGGUUGAACAUCAAGCCCGAAUAAUAAUCACUGUUUUGUGUUUUGUGCUGACACACAAAAAUUCCUCAAGCCGUGUAUCUUCAGGAAGUUACCAACCUGGUUAUGUUUUCUCAAGGGCACCAAUCAGCAGGAUAGCCAGCUGAAUUUUUUGCUUAUGGGUAUAGGGUGCAUCUGGUUGGGACACCCUUCAGAAGAGCAGUGCAGACUCGAUGGGCUGAAGGGCCUCUUUCUGGCUAGUGCUAUUCACCUUUUUAAGACUCCACUCCCGCCAGUGAAAUCCCUACAUCUAGGUACCUCAGCACGCAGCCCAAAGGAGAAAAGAGUCACGUUUGUUUUUUCCCUCUGCAGGAAUAGGAAGUAAAAGCAGCAAUUGAAAACAGAGACAGUGCAGGUGAAACCCAGCAGGUAUGGCAGUACCUGUGGACCGAACUUCAGCCUGGAAGUUUCGAGUUCAGCAUUACAGUUCUUCAGAACUGAGGAGAGGUGGAAGAGCGCUGGGUUUUCUGCUGUUAAAAAGGGUAAGCUGAAGAAGAGGGCAGGUCAGGGAAUGGCUCAAAGAGAUUGGCAAUCAAAGGCGUCAUAGAAUGUGAGACAAGGGCAGGACUUAGACACUUAAAAGCAGGGCCCUGGGUAGUGUUGUAGAAAAGAGAGACCUUCGGGUGCAGGUACAUAGUUUGUAUCACAUAUAGACAGGGGGGUUAAGAAGGUGUGUAGCAUGCUUGCCUUCAUUGCUCAGUCCUUUUGAGUGUAGGAGUUGGGACAUCAUGUUGUGGUUGUACAGGACAUUGGUGAGGCCCCUUCUGGAGAACUGUGUCCAGUUCUGGUCGUCCUGCUACAGGAAGGAUAUUAUUACGCUGGAGAGGGUUCAGAAAAAAAAUUACCAAGAUAUUGCCAGGAUGGAGGGUUUUGAGUUGUAAAGGAAGGCUGGGAGUUUUUUUCACCGGAGCAUAGGAGGUUGAGAGGUGACUCUAUAGAGGUUUAUAAAAUCAUGAGGGAUAUGGGUGGCAGGUGUCUUUUCCCUAGAGUGGGGGAAUUUCCAAGACUAGGGAACAUAUUUAAGGUGAGAGGAGAAAGAGUUAAAAAAGAUAUGGGCAAUUUUUUUACACAGAGAGUGGUGGAUGUGGGUAUAGUUCCAACGUUUAAAAGACAUUUGGAUAAAUGCAGGAAUAGGAAAGAUUUGAAGGAUAUGAGCCAGGAGCAGGGACUUGUUUAGUUUAGAAUGAGGGUCGGCAUGGACUGGUUGGACUGAAGGGUCUGUUGACUCUAUGCUGUAUGACUCUAUGACAGUAAAGAUGAGCUCUGACUGAAAGCAGAGAGGGGCAUAAAUUUCAAAAUGGUGCUUUGGGUCUGAAGUUGUUGAACUUCAUGUUGAGUCCUGAAAGUUGUAACAUGCCUGAGAUGUUGUUCCUUGAGUUUGCAUUGAGCUUUGUUGGAACACUGUAGGAAGUCCAGAUGGAGAUGUUAGCCAUAAGACACAGGAGCAGAAAUUAGGCCAUUCAGCCCAUCCAGUCUGCUCUACCAUUCAAUCAUGGCUGAUACGUUUCUCAACCUCAUUCUUCCAUUUUCUCCCUGUAACCUUUCAUCUCCUUGACAAUCAAGAACCUUAAGUAUACUCAAUGACCUGGCCUCCACAGCCUUCUGUGGCAAUGAUUCCCCACUCUCUGGCUGAAGAAGUUUCUCCUUAUCUCCAUUCUAAAAGACUGUGCCCUCUGGUCCUAGUCUCUCCUACCAAUGGAACCAUCUUCCCAACCUCCACUCUGUCCAGGCCAUUCAGUAUGCUCGCCUUGAGAGAGCAAGGUGGUUUAUGGAAAUAGCAACCAACUGGGAGGUCGGGGCCGUUCCAACGGCAGCAGAUGUGUUCUGCAAAGUGGUCACCAAACCCACAUUUGGCCUGACAUUUGUGAAGGAGAUCACACUGAGAGCAGCAAAUGCCUUAGACUAGACUAAAAGGAGUACAAAUGAAAUUCUGCUUUCGCCGGAAGGUGCGUUUUGGGGCAGUGAGGAGGUGGCUAGGCGAGUGUUGCAUCUUCUGUGAUUUCAGAAGAGAUUUACCAGGAUGUUGAAGGGAAUAGAGGGUUUGUGUUAUAAGGAUAGGCUGGGCCUUCUUUCCCUGGAGUAUAGGAAGUUGAGGGGUGACCUUAUUGAGGUUUAUAAAAUCAUGAGGGGUACAGAUAAGGUAAAUGACAGGUGUCUUUUUCCGAGGGUGGGGUAUUUGAGACUCGGGGGCAUAUUUUUAAGGUGAGAGAUUUAAAAAAAACCUGAGGGCAAUUAUUUUACACAGAAAGUAGUUCAUGUGUGGAAUGAACUUCCUGAGGAAGUGGUGGGUGUGGGGACAGUUACAAUGUUUAAAAGGCAUUUGGAUCAGGACAUAAAUAGGAAAGGUUUGGAGGGAGAUGGGCCAAGGGCGGGCAGGUGGGACUGGUUUAGUUUGGGAUUAGGGUUGGCAUGGACUGGUUGGGCCCAAGGGUCUGUUUCCGUAUGACUGGAGCAGGAGACAGCACAGUUGACCUUCAGAAGAUCGGGUAUGUAUUAAACCCUUCCACAACCUCCUAAAAAUACUUCCUUAAUAUGAAACAUUUAACCUAAGUAUUUUGCUUAAGAUUGGAACUAUUUCCACACUGAUCAAGCCUUCAUCUCCCACCUCUGUCCAUACCAGCCCCUGUCCCACUGCUAAAAGUGAUUAUGCACUUGUUCAAGAUUUCUCCAUUCUAACUGAGCAAGCCGUUCCAAACUGAGGAGGAGCGCCUGAAUGCUGAUUUUGGAACUACACUUCCAGCAGCUGAAACCAAAAGAGUUGGAGUAAUAAUAAUAUCACCCAAAGGUCGUCCUGUCUCGUUCAACAGCGAUGAGGGUUUGACCUGAGGGUUUCCACACCUCAGUGUCGAGAGUGUGGUGCUGGAAAAGCACAGCAGCUCAUGCAGCAUCCGAGGAGCAGGAGAAUCACCGUUUUGGGCAUCAGUGUAAGGUUGAGAAGGAGGGUCCUGCAUGGUAACCUCACCUAGAUGUGGGAAUUGAAACCAUGUUGUUGGUGUCUCCUCUGCUAACCUCAAUUGCAAUAGCACUGGCAGGUGGCUGCCAUAUCAGGAUGAAGACAUUUUGCUGAACUGGAUGCCUUUUAAGUUUACCUCUUUCACAUUACUCACUGGUGUUGAGAAGAUCUGAGAGAGAAAGGCUGGUGGAGAGCUCAGAGCUCAUGUUAUUCCAUUGCAACAGAAAGAUGGUGGGAACUGGAGAUUCUUAUGCUGUGGAGAUGGGGCAGUCAUCAGGAAGUGUAAGGAUUCACUUCUUCAAAAGACUCACCUAAGGACCGUGAAGAAUCCCCCAAGAUCUCUUCAGCGGUGGCUACGUUCACUGGACGAUUUGCAAUUGGAACUGCGAAGAUUGAAUCAGAAAUCAUCUCAAAAUGAGAUAACAGGGAUGUCAACUUUAACACCUGACAUUGUCAAUCUCUUGGCUCUCAUUUAUCCUCAUGUUUCAACACUGCUGAAGAACUUUACUGUGUAAACAGAGAUUCCUGUUCACAAUGCUCUGUUUCGAGUAUGACUUCUUCAAAACUGCAAGGUGUUGGAAAAUAUUUCUUUUAUACUGGUGAAGGAAAAGGGAUUGUUAAUGGAGGUGAAAAAGAAAAAGAUGUAAAAAUAGGUGUGAAUUCUAUGUUUAUUUUUCUUUUCUGAUGACGGACCACCGGACUUGAAAUCUUAACUCUUAUUUCUCUCUCCACAGAUGGUGCCAGACCUGCUGAGUUCCUCCAGUAAUUUCUGUGUUUUAGAUUAGACUUACAGUGUGGAAACAGGCCCUUCGGCCCAACAAGUCCACACCGACCCGCCGAAGCGAAACCCACCCAUACUCCUACAUUUACCCCUUUACCUAACACUACGGGCAAUUUAGCAUGGCCAAUUCACCUGACCCGCACAUCUUUGGACUGUGGGAGGAAACCGGAGCACCCGGAGGAAACCCACGCUGACACGGGGAGAACGUGCAAACUCCACACAGUCAGUCGCCUGAGUCGGGAAUUGAACCCAGGUCUCUGGCGCUGUGAGGCAGCAGUGCUAACCACUGUGCCACCGUGCCGCCCGUGCCGCACCGUGUCUCUCUUCCUCACCAUUUGACUUUCUGAAAUAGAACAGUCUCUCCUGUUUUACCUUGUUGCGUUCUUGAGGCAACUGAGUAACUUGCUUGGCCAUUUCAGAGGGCAUUUAAAGAGUUAGCCACAUUGGCUGUGUGGGGCUGGGGGUCUGGAGUCACGUGUAGGCCAGACUGGGAAAAGAUGUCAGAUUUUCUUCCCUAGCUGCAUUUUCCUAACCAAUGAUGAUCACUACCUUGGUCAUCAUGAUGGAGGCUAGCUUUAUAUCCCAGAUUGAUGGAGAAUGUCAGUGUUAUUACUUAUUCUGAACGACACUGAGACUACUAAACCCUCCCUUUACUGAGGCCUUUAAAGCCAGUCAAGAGAGGAAACUCUUAGCUGAUGAGCCUGAGCUGGGUUCAGUGUUAAAACAGUGUUACAGUUAUUGCAACCAUGAUAAGUCCAAUCACUGUUGCUGUCUAAAAAUAUAUCUUAAGGGUCCGAAGUAAUGAGAGAAAGUAGAGUUUUGGCUUGAAGCCAGGUUCUGAAGCAGAGGAAGAAUGGAAUGUUAUUUUAAUGUACAAGAUCCAAAAUUGUAAUGCCCUCUAGGAACCAAUAAAACAGUAAGGAUAACCAUCAGCAGGAACGCAGUCUUGUAAUUUAUCUUUUCUAUGAUCUCAAUGUGGUCAAGGGCAAAUUUACUGGCAGUUAUUAUGAUCCCACAACCAGUCAAUGUGUUGUGCAACAUCUGAUUUCAGAAUUCAAAGUUCAACAUUCACUUUCAAGGGUUUUAAUAAAAUGAGUAUCAGUUUGGGAACAGACUGCAUUAAGCCAGGCCCACUCAGCUCCUGAUCUCAUUCCAGUCUUGGAUUGAACAUGGAAAAAGACCUGAAUUCCAGAGGGGAGGUGAGAGUGACAGCCCUUGACAUCAUUCGAUCGAGUGUGGCAUCAAGGAGCCCUCCCAAACCUGGAAUCAAUGGGUAGCAGGAGCUAAACCCGUUGCUGGUUGGAGUCACACUUACACAUAGGAAGAUGAUUGUUGGAGGUCAGUCAUCUCAGCUCCAGGCCAUCUCUGCAGGAGUCCCUCAGGGUAGUGUCCUGGGCCCAACCAUCUUCAGCUGCUUCAUCAAUGACCUUCCCUCCAUCAUAAGGUCAGAAGUGGGGGAUGUAUGCUGAUGAUUACACAAUAUCCAGCACGAUUCGUGACUCCACAGACAUUGAAGCAGUUCAUGUUCAACUGCAACAAGAUCUGGACAAUAUUCUGGCUUGGGCUGACAAGUGGCAAGUAACAUUCACACCACAGAUAUGCCAGGUUAUCACUAUCUCCAAUAAUAGACAACCUAACUACUCCCCCUUGACAUUCAAUGGUGUUACCAUCACUGAAUCCCCCAUCAUCAACACUUUAGAGGUUACCAUUGAUCAGGAACUCAACUGGACCAGCCAUACAAACACAGUGGCUACAAGAGCAGAGGAAAGAUUAGGAAUCCUGCAGCAAGUAACUCCCCUCCUGUCUCCCCAAAGCCUGUCCCACCAUCUCCAAGGCACAAGUCAGGAGUGUGAGGGAAUACUCCCCACUUGCCCCUGGAUGGGGGCAUCUCCAACAACACUCAAGAAGCUCCGCACCAUCCAGGACAAAGCAGCCACUUGAUUGGCCCCACAUCCACAAACAUCCCCUCCCUCCCCCAACCGACGCUCAGUAACAGCAGUGUGUACCAUCUACAAGAUGCACUGCAGGAAUUCACCAAAGAUCCUCAGGCAGCACCUUCCAAACCCACCAUCACUUCCAUCUAGAAGGACAAGGGCAGCAGAUACAUGGGAACACCACCCCCUGCAAGUUCCCCUCCAAGCCCCUCACCAUCCUGACUUGGAAAUAUAUCGCCGUCCCUUCAGUGUCACUGGGACAGAAUCCUGGAAUUUCCUCCCUCAGGGCAUUGUGGGUCAACCCACAGCACAUGGACUGCAGCGGUUCAAGAUGGCAGCUCACCCCCCACCUUCUCAAAGGGGUAACUAGGGAUGGGCCCAGCCAGUGAUGUCCGCCUCCCCUGACUGAAUAAAAGAAAGGUCCUGUUACUGUUAAUGACACUCUUAAACAAGCACAACUGACCUGCUUACAAUUCAAGGUGAAUUGGGUAGUGCUCCUUUUAGCAGCAAAAAGGCAUUGUGGGAAGCCUCAGGCAGCUGCUUAACUGUCGAACUCUGUUAUUAUCCUAUUUAUAUAAUCAGUAGGUCAGUUCAUGUUCAAGGCACUGAAUCAUCUGACCAAACAAACCUGGAAUAGGCCCUCCUGUGUAUUUUUCUCGUUUCACAUCCUUUUUAUACACAAACCAGAAGACAGGCAUUCAGUCAGUGUCAGACAUAUACAGAUCCCUGAAGUAAAGACCUCCUUACUGCUGAAGACAGCUUUCUUUCUCAUUUGACAAAGUCUGUUAUUGAGGAUGUGUCAAACUAAUCUGAAGGAAAUCCAUCUUUCAAUUCAGAAUAAAUCGUGAUAAAAUAC